ACAUACAUCUGCAUCUUAAACUUUGUAUGCAGUCGUGGCUUGACGUUUGUGUGUGUGCUCGCGUGAUUACAUCUCUCUUACAUAUUUAAGAGUAUUUCGUAGACAGACGAGUUUAUUCCAUCCUCACUCUCUCGUCUUACCCACGCUCUCACACACAUUUAUACGUCUAUACGUACACGCCAAAUCAUGAGAAAGGACCUUUGGAAUUGCUUAGACCUAAAGAUUGGACGACGAAACAUUGCAUCCCAAUAAACGAAAGAAAGAUGAACCGGGAUAUGAAGCUGGGAAACGAGCCCGUCAUGGCCGAAAACGACAAGAACUGCCGCUUUGAAGGCUACUUCACCUAUCGACCUCUCUCCAACCUACCUACACCACCACCGAGCUCUCGCAACUCAUCCGCCGCCCAGUCACCACGAACAACUCUCGAUGAUGGAGAACCAUUGAUGCCUCGAUUUAGAGGCCCGGCUAUUCACCUCGUCAACCUCAUUCCAUCGUCCGCCUCAUUGGCCAUGGCCUCGAUCCCUCUCGUUCAGGCCAUCUUGAGCCGAGCCAACCUCCCAAUCGAGACUGUUGCUCUUGCAGUAUGCAUCCUCGACAGUCUCGAUUCCCGCUUUGCCCGUCGCUGGCGCCUCUCUUGCCCUCUGUUAUCCGACUACUUCUCUCCCACAUCUAAGCGACACACUCUUCCCGCCGCGCCCGUCAUGCCUCAGCGACAACAGCUUCACAUCGACUCGGUCAACCCAGAGAUCAUCAUCCUAGCAGCCCUCGUCAUUGCUGUCAAAUUCACAGAGGAUCCCCAGGAUGCUUCUCAGUAUUAUUGCAAGGUGUGGGGACGUGGCAUGUGGUCUCAUCAACAGCUCAAUGCCACUGAGCGAUGCAUCAUGGAGAAUCUCAACUACCGCAUCAUGCCCCUUUGCGAGGACGAUUGCUUGACAGAUGCCAUGGUGGAUAUGCAACUCGCUGCCCAGCAGCAGCCUGACUGGGAGCUCAACGAGUACAUGCCCAUGGACAGCGACGAAGAGAGCGACGAUGGCGCAAGCAUCAACCACUACAUGCCGAGUCACUCUCGCUCAAAGACUCUCGGCUCAGGAUCAGCAGUCUUGGGGCUAGGCCUAUCUCUCACUCCAGUCGAUACUCCAACAGCCGAGGUCAACCAUGCGACUACCCCGCAACCAUCGGGGCUUUGCAACGACUACUUCAACCAUUACCAGGCGCAAGAUGAAUGA